CGCGGAGAGCCAUUUCUGCAACCGGUUCUUUGUCGUCGCCGCCACCGUCGAUUUCAUCAUCCCCACACCUUUUCUUUCGCGAUCGAUUGAAUGGCUACGAAUCGAGAGAGAGACCUAAAGAAACCGUGACACUGUUGAAGCUCCCGAAAGCAGCUGAAUCUUCCACCACGUCUGUUUCCUCUCUAAUCUAGGUAUAUUUUGUGCUUCUUUUCCCCUGAAAAUUGCUGCUUAGAACAUGCUUAUCUUGAAUCUUAUGCCUUUUCUUUUUUCUGGAUGGGAAAAAAGAAAAGUGUUGAUUCCGUUUUGAGCGGAUGCCUGUGAUACGUUGGACAGAGGCACCAAACGCAACCAAUGUCUUAACAGUUACACUAGGCUGUGUGUUCGAAUGCGAACGAGUUGCUGUUUAUUAUUGGCCUGAUUGGUGUAACUAUGAAAGAGCUGUUGUUUUUAUCAUUAUGAUGGACUAUUAUGCUUACACUAGAGCUAAUUUUGGGAACAUAGUGUAGACUGUACAUCUGAGAGUGGGGUAACAUUUGCAGUUUUCUCACUCGGUUCUCUAGCUUCCAACCCAAACCUAUAAGUAAAAGAUUAUAUUUUUUGUUGUUCCUAUGGCAGUGCAAAAGUUGCGGGUAAGAGGAUAGACAACGAUGUCACGACUCCUGUUGGAAUCAAAGAUACAAGCAGUGGUGAGUGAUUUCCUCUGCCUUUCAGAUUGUGGAUGGAUAGAAGCAAUGCUGGUUAUUUUUUUUCCUGAUUUCCUAUUCCUUUCAGCACUAGGUUUGUCGCAGCAAAUUUCCUUUGGUUGCUUGGUUGUGGGGAAAUAGCAUCUGUUUCCAAAAUCUCAUAUUGUCCCAAAGUCGAUCCAACUUUAUCACCUUGCUCUGUUCUAAAAGAUGAGUCCAUUCCUUUGAUUCAUCUGUCAUUCAUACCUUCAAUUAAACCUAGCCUCUUUGGCGAUUUUUGCUAAAGCUAUUAGUGGAUAGAAGCAACUUUACUCUUUGUUUACGGGUUGGGUUUGUAAUUGCUUCUUUCUGGGUUUUGUUUCAAACAAACUGGGUAGCAUUUUUUCUUGAAUGCUAUUUAUUGCUUCAUUGGUUUAAAUUUGGUUUGCUCUUCGUCAACCUCACUGCUCUCUGAUCCAACUCUAAUUCAAGAUAAUACAUUAUGAAAGAAUUUUAUGGUUGACUCCUGAUAAGUGGUAACUAAUCAUUCCAAAUAUAAAAGUUUACUGCCUACUGGCUUUUGGUCCAACUUACAGUCGGCUAGAGAAUUUACACAAUAGUCUCACUAAAGUUAAAUAUGGCUGCCAUCUGUGUUUAUACCAUACUUAAUUUUUGUUAUCAAAUUUCUCAAUUGAAUUUGGGGUAUGUUGGAUAAUUUACUUAAUAGUCUCAUUGGAUGCAUAGUUGAGGGUCUUUAGUUUCUCAUACACGGUAAUGAGAGCAUGUGGUCUUAUUGUACAAAAAUCUCUAUUGAGGGCUUUAUGUUCAUUUGUCCCCACCUGGUAAUUUUGCAUCCAACUGUGUUGCAUUGUAAACCUAGGUGCUUAUGAUUCUCUGAUGUUCAGGUUUUGAUGUGCCAACUCUGUCCGGUUAGUAUUGUUUUGAACUGUAUAUGUAUCUCUUUGUAUUCCCAGCAUGGGCAUAACAUUAUAUCAUGGAAACACGGUUUACCUAUAAUUAUAUAUGGUUGUUAGUUGCCUUCAAUAUUGCUCAACGCAUUAGUUAAGUCCAAUGAACCACUGAUCAUAAUUUGAGAGUGCAGUCUAUCUGGCUUACUUCAAUGCUUGAGUUAUCUUUUUCACUUCGAUGCUUCUUGCUUGAUUCUAACUCAGAUUGAGCUUUCAAGAUCCCCUUUUUGGUGCUUGCCCACCUACUUUUCAAUGGAUUUUUAAAAAGAUUCUUUCAUAGUCCAGGAGUGCUUCAUUAUUUCACAUUUCAGUGUUCCAGUAAUGCUUCAUUAGUCCAAAUUUCGGUGUUCUGUGAGCAAUGCAGACCCUAGACAAGAGGUUGGUUCACCUUCUCAUGCUAUUUUAUCCUGGUACUUGCCAUUUAGAUUUGCAUUUGCUGCUUAUACGGUCCAGAGGUUGUAGCAGGGACAUCAAACCCAACUAUGCAGUGCAGUUUUUCCAAAUUUUCAUGCAUGCUCGACACUUAGAAAUUAGUAACCCUGUAGGAAGUUAUCAGAGACAAAGAACCAGCUGAAAGAACCUUCCUUGCUUUUCUGCAUUUGCAGUUUUGUUAUGCUGUCUCUUGCAUGGUCUAUCUCGGUGUCUAGAUGUCGUUGAUAUUUUGCCCGAUAACGGAAUUGCAUCUCAAUGGACGUACAAAUGAUAGUUGUGUGUACCACAAAUCAAAGUCUUUUAUGCAACUGAUUCAGAUUAUUAGAUCCUCAAGAUAUAUUUGACUUCCAUAUCGCAAAAAUUAUGGUUUUAUUUUCGUAAUUACUAAAACAAACCUGACCAUACCCUUCAAUGUCGUGUUCUCAGCUGCAACUACACCGUCGACACCUAUUAAGCUUUCAGAGAGUUAUACCACAGCCGCGGUACGUGCCAGGCUCCAGUCACCUGUCUCAGCUGGGUAUGUAUUAUUUAUUCUACAGCGUACGUGUGUGCAUCACCUCGACUUCAUUAUCCUUUACUUUAAACUCCUUCGUAUAGGUGCCUUGGCAUUGGUAGUUAUGAUUUUAGCUUUGCUUUCUGACGUUUAAGGAAUGGUACAGUUGACAACUUUACUGUUCAAGGAGGCUUGAAGAAGACUUUGCCCUACUGAUAUAGUUUAUGCCCUUUUUCCUAAUUCAUGGAGUCGAUCGGCUUUUUAUUAUUUAACUUACUCAUGUUUUUUUUUUGUCUGCAUAUUCCUGAAACACGUAUGUUUGUUUCCCAUUUGUUCCCCAUUUUUUAUUUGAACUUAGACUUGCUCAUCAGUCAUCACCAUUUAAAAAGGCUAUCGGAUCUUAAUUUUGGAUUGGUUGUGUCCAAGUCAUAGACAGUCACGGGUGGUUUUCAUGAAUUACAAAAGAUUCAUUUGGUGCUCAAAAAAGAUUCAUUUGGUUUCCUAAUUAGUAGGAUUUUCAUUAAAAUUAGACUAACCUAAGAUUAUGCUUGCCUAUACUAAUUAUAGAAUGUACUAAGUAGUUCUGUAAUUGUAUCUUUCGUAGGGAAAAACUACAUUUAAGUUAAUUCCUUAAUUGUAUCUUUACUGUCAUUGACUACGUUCAUUAUGUGCUUCUAGGUUUAUAGAUUUCCCAGCCCCAAGCCAGCAGUAUGAUCCAACCCCUCUUGAUUCAAUCAUUUCACGUGCCGGCUGCUUUCCUGUCUGCCUUUCGUUGCUGGCUUAGUAAGGAGUGAGGAGUCAAGCCACUCAGGCUGAAGAGUUAAGAUCUUUGUUUGCACCAGUUCAGUAUGCCAUUGUGCUUAUGUCGCGUGGAUGGCAUGACACUCAUAUGUCUUUCCUCAAGCAUGGAAAAUUAUUAGCCGACUGAUGUGUCAGCAACAUGUCUACUUUCAGUUUAGUAUUAACAAUCUCAAUCUCAGCCUCAUAUUGAUUAGUAGAAGGAAUGCCCACAAACAUGACUCUCCACCUCCUUACAUCAGAGAAAACUAUGACAGUCUGCAUUGACCAUAAACUAAACUUCCCAUCAAUUCAUCCCGACUCUGCAACUAAAGUCCCCGCGGCGUAGCAGCGGGCAUUUUUCUAGUCCUUUUUUAACAAUUAAAAAGAGUUAAAGCUCCUUGGUGGCGAACUUUGGUUAAUCUGACCUCCGAAGUUCACUCUUGAAUUGGUUUAUGCAGGCAAUCAUGACGAGAGUAAGGCUUCCCCUCCUCUGUCAUACUGUUGUAGUUCGAUUUAUCAUCUCACCAUUAUUCAUUUUGCUGCUACUCCUACAAGCUUGCCACGCUACUGAUGGCCGGGUGGACAGUGUACCUUCCUCCUGUGGAAACAUACCCAUCAUUAAAUCCCCCUUCCGACUCAAAACCGAUCCCGAGAGCUGCGGAGACCACAAUUAUACCCUCUCAUGUGAGAGCAAUACAACGGUUCUGUAUCUGGGAUCUGCAAGAUACUAUGUGCAGGCAAUAAACUAUAAGAACUUGACGAUUCGGUUGGUGGAUGAUGGUGUAGCUGAAGGCAACUGCUCCUCCUUGCCCACUCACCCUCUGUCUGAGAUCAGCAUACCUUCUCACCCCUACUCCGCCACCCAAUACGUAAACUUUCUGUUAUUCAUGGUGGGAGAAGAAAGCUUGAAUGAAGCUUUGGUUCUGGUGAGCUGUGAAAACCCUGUCAAUUCUCAACUGUAUCUGCAAACAGCUCCUUGCAUCAACAUUGGAUCGAAGAGCUCUUUAAGUUAUGCGCUUGAUGGGAGUCAAAUGGUUGCAUCAGAUUUGGCAGAGACGUGCAAAGUGGAGAUGGUGGCUAUGCUACCAAAGACCAAGAAGAAGAAAAAGGAGGUUACAUUUCAUGAGAUUCACCAGCAGCUUGAAUACGGGUUUGAGCUUUCAUGGCAGCAGUACUCGUGCCCCCACUGCCCUCGUCCGUCCCAUUGCUACCUUCUCAAGUUUGGCUUUUAUCGCUGUAAUAAUGGUAAACAUCAUGACACCAUAUUCGAGUAUCCAAAAAUCAUCCUUGAUCUUUCAUUGUCAUUUUCUUCUUUUCUUCCCUGCACAAUUAUGAUACUCUCUUCAUCUACUACUCAUGUUUCAAGUGCCUCUAUUUUUUCUUUAUGAAGGACUGCAGGACUAUAUUGUCAUGUAUACAUGUGAGACAUCUCUAAGGCCUUCCUUUACUUGAGUAUUACUUUCUGGUAAAAGCACUUUGUAAUUCUCCUCCUUCGCCUCUCUUUGUCUUUUGUAGCACUCUAUGGAAGUUGGCUGAUUGCGCUUGGUAACACUUCUCCCAACUUUCUUAUUCUUUGAUUGCUUCAUUUCAGUACAUCUCCUUCCCAUCUGUUGCUUCCUACAUCAGCUCCAAGAUUCUGAUAAAAACUCAUUUAUAUGCAUAACUCUACAGUGGUACUGGUUCUAGCAUUCACCCGUGCCAUUGGAAUCCCUCUUGUGAUUGCAUUUCUGAUAUACAAAUGGAGAAUGAGGCAUCAAUCAGCAUAUGCCAACAUUGAAGAGUUCCUCCAGAAACAAACCCUCAUGCCAAUCAGGUACUCUUACUCGGACAUCAAGAAAGUCACCGAAGGAUUCAAGGACAAGCUAGGCGAAGGUGGGUUUGGCUCCGUCUACAAAGCAAAGCUACGUGGCGGCAGCUUUGCAGCUGUCAAAGUGCUUGGGACCAACAAGUCGUCCACGGCAGGAGGAGGAAAUGAUGGUCAAGAUUUCAUGAGCGAGGUUGCUACCAUUGGUAGGAUCCACCACGCCAAUGUGGUCAGGCUAAUCGGCUAUUGUUCCGAAGGAUCAAAGCGAGCUCUCGUCUAUGAGUUCAUGCCGAAUGGUUCACUCGACAAGCACAUCCUUCACCACAACCAAGGUUCUUUGAGUUUGGAACAAUUGUACCACAUCUCACUUGGAGUAGCCCGUGGGAUUGAAUAUCUUCAUUCAGGAUGCGCAAUGCAGAUUCUGCAUUUUGAUAUCAAGCCCCACAACAUCCUCCUCGACCAGACCUUUAACCCAAAGAUAUCCGAUUUCGGGCUGGCUAAGUUGAACCAUCCCGGUGGUGAUCACAGCAUCGCCGCUCUGACAGCAGCAAGAGGGACCAUAGGGUACAUGGCACCAGAGAUGUUCUACAAGAACAUUGGAACUGUGUCUUACAAAGCCGAUGUCUACAGCUUUGGGAUGUUGGUCCUGGAGAUGACAGGUAAACGGAAGAAUCUGAACGCAGCAACGGAGCAUUCCAGCGUUUACUUCCCUUCAUGGGUUCACAACGAGGUAUCCAUGCCCGGGACUCCAAUUGCAGUUGGAGAAGUCACGGAAGAGGAAGACAACAUUGCCAAGAAGAUGGUGAUUGUAGGAUUGUGGUGCAUCCAGACCAAUCCUGCCAACCGUCCUCCAAUGAACAAAGUGGUGGAGAUGCUUGAAGGCGACUUGGAAAGCCUGGAGCUUCCUCCAAAGCCUGUUCUGUAUGCUGCAGAAACUGUAACGAAGAAUGAAGAAGGAUCAUCUUCUUCGUCACAUAUGUCAUCCGAAUUUACACAAUCAAUAAUCAGUACUGUAAACAAUUACGAAUCUCCACAAUGGUAGUUAAUAAUAAUGCACCUCAAGUUCGUUUCUUCUGGUGAAAACCACAAUGGUAAUGUUCAAUUCGCUCUCACCGUACGGCAAAAGGUUCGAAACAACUAGAUUUACCUGAGAGGACUAAACAGAGACGGGGUCCGGCGACUUCGAAGAAUUGACGGCAGAACGGAUCGAGUCCGAAUGAAACCCCGGCCGCCUCGCUCCAGUCUUGACCCUUUCAUCUUGGAGACUGCAGAGUGCUCGAGAUGGAAUCAACGGCGGUCAGUCCACCGUCACCGGAGGAAAAAAAACACGGAAUGCCGGAUUGAAGAAGGAUUCGCGAGCUUAACUGUCGCGGUGAUCGGUUCUCCUCCCGCCGGUCAACCCUUUUUUUCAUGGAUUAAUUAAAACGGGCCCGGCCCACCAAGGUUCAUCAGCCCAGUAGAUUUAACAGGCUUCCGUUUUUGCCCCAACAAUCAAUAGGGUUGCUUGUC